AUGUAUCGAUUUCUCAGUAGCUACCGAGCACUUGUUUGCUUUGACAGCUUUAUGGCUUUUGAAGCUUUUCCUGCUACAAAGCUUUUCUUUUCGAGGCCUUUGAUCAUGCCUGGCCAGUUCUCAAGUGAGUCCCUCAGUGCCCUGGUCAGCACUCCUUCCUGGAGCCCAGGCACACUGCAGCCCUUCCAUUUCCGAACACGCACCGAACCCGUGGAUUGGCGUCGACUGGCUGCCCUGGACGUGGACCGUGUUGCUCGUGAGAUGGACGUAGGCACUCUCCAGGAAUUCAUCACAGCCGUAACGUUCUGUGACGUCGGGGCCGAACGAUGCCCGCACUGUCGUGGCCCAGCUGACCCCCCUCUGUUGAAGCUGCUGCACAUGUCACAGCUUUGUACUGAGUACCUUCUCCACACCCAAGACUACCUGAGUGCCCAGCUCGCAAGUCUGGAGGAACGUCUGCAGGGGGCGCUGUCUCAAGCAGAAAAGGAAAGGGAAGAGCGGGCUCACCUGGAUGCAGAGCUACAGGCAGUCAAACAGGAGUGUCGACGCAGGAAAAAGUUAAUUGCGACUCAACAACUCCUCUUACAGUCCAGUGCAAACAAUUACCACAAGUGCCAGUUUUGUGAGAAAUCGUUUAUGAAUUAUUCAUAUUUACAAGCCCACCUUCAGCGCAGACAUCCAGAGAUUACAGAUGCAGAGCGGCAGAAGAAAAAACAGGUGGAGCAAAUGGAGGAUGUAAUUGAGGAGCUGAAGGAGAAACUCAGAAUGACUCAGAGCAUGUUAGAGGCAGAGAGAGAGACAGAAACACUUAGGAGACAGCAGGAGCAAGAGGAACAACGAAGAAGAGAAGGAUUACAGAGGCUGGAAAUGGAGAGAUGGAAAGAGGAGGAGAGAAAAAAAAUUGAGGAGGAGAUGGGGGAAAUGAAGCAGCUUCUCCAACAAGAGCUGAAGGACAUGGCCAACAAGAGCUCGUCCAUUGAGGCAAAAAUACUGGAGCUGCAGAGCAGAGAUCUGGGAGUCUCCAGCCUGGGAAUGUUACUGGAUGAAGAUGAGAGAGGGAAAAAAGAGAGGGAACUGAAAGAGAGAAUGGCAAAGAAGAAGAGUGAAUGGAAGAAAAGACUGAAGGAAGCACAGAACAGACACCAGCAAGAGAAAGAGGAGCUGCAGACUGAGAAUGUGAGACUUCAGAGGGCUCUGUCUGAGGAGAGCCCAAGCCUGCAGAGGUUACAGAGACAGGUCACCUCUCUGUCCACUCAGAUCAGACAGAAAGACAGACUCAUCCACACACAGGAGGGAAAGAUCAAGAUAUUGUCUGCAAGGCCAAUGUCAGAUCCACCAGCACCUGUGUCACAUGAUCUGGUCUCCACUGAAGAAGAGGAGGAAGAUGUAGAUGAAGUGGAGCACGAAGCUGAGAGUCUGGAGGAGAAUGUGGAGAGCUUUAGAAAUCUCCCAGAGUCUCCAAGGGGAGAUCCAGCUCUGGUGAGACAGUUCAGACCCAUACUGGAGGACACGCUGGAGGAGAAACUGGAGAAGAUGGGGCUUAGGAAGGGAACAAAGGGUAUUUCUAAGCAGACCUUAAAGAGUUUGAGCGCCCUGGUGUCGAGACAAUGGCAGCAAAGGUUGAAACAGCAGCCAGGUUGGCAGGAUCUGAGAGAGGGUCUAGAACGUGAGCUGACGCACAGAGUCAAACGUGCACAGAAGGGUCAGAGGAAAUAUACACCUGAUCCUGCUAAACAACGAAAGAAAAAGCACUUGAAUGGUGUGCAACAGAAGAGCCUAAAGUCAAGUCAAAGUAACACAAAACCCUCGCCCCAAAAUGUGAAGAGCCAGCAAGCUCCACAGCCUACCCCACGUUCUAAAAUACCCGCCCAGAUCCAGAGGAUAGAGGCAAAGAAGAAAAGCACUCCUCCCUUCAGCUCUGAGGAGGAGUCAGUUGAGGACAGUGUUUACAUGAACAGCUCCAGAAGCAAACCGCCACCCACUGUACGUGUCAUCCAGUCAGGAGCUGGGAGCACGCCUGUCCCUGAGCCCAUGGAGGACUGGUCAGAUAGUGAUCUGUCAGAGGGGUUGCUGUCCUCCAGACCCCGUCAGACUCUCAGCACACACGGUUCCGUUGUUCAGUCCUUGACAAGAAGUUUGGAGCGACAGCUCAGUGCUCCAAUGACAAAGCCACAGGACGGGACUGGAGUUUUACCACCACCAACCACUAGUCUUUCUUCUCGACCCACCAAAAUUGUGAAACAGUUAGCGUUUUCAGAUGUAGACAGUGAUCUGGAGCUGUCAUCCAUAGAGGAGAUCACUCCUCAUCCUGCAGGGGUUCGUGGGAGCUCGGACGUGGGAGGCACCUCGGGCACCAGUGUGUGGAGUUCCUCUGCCAGCCGAGCAGGAGUGUGGUGA